GCGGGCGCGAGCCACGUUGGACGCGCCGCAGCCCCGCCGAAAGGUCCCUCCCAGGCCCCACAAUGCACUGCGGGGCGCGUCACUCGGAGCGGCGGGUCCCGUCUCGACAGGUCUUCUCUGUUGGUUGAAAUGUCUAUGAUUUUAUCUGCCUCAGUCAUUCGUGUCAGAGAUGGACUGCCACUUUCUGCUUCUACUGAUUAUGAACAAAGCACAGGAAUGCAGGAGUGCAGAAAGUAUUUUAAAAUGCUCUCGAGAAAACUUGCUCAACUUCCUGAUAGAUGUACACUGAAAACUGGACAUUAUAACAUUAAUUUUAUUAGCUCUCUGGGAGUGAGCUACAUGAUGUUGUGCACUGAAAAUUACCCAAAUGUUCUCGCCUUCUCUUUCCUGGAUGAGCUUCAGAAGGAGUUCAUUACUACUUAUAACAUGAUGAAGACAAAUACUGCUGUCAGACCAUACUGUUUCAUUGAAUUUGAUAACUUCAUUCAGAGGACCAAGCAGCGAUAUAAUAAUCCCAGGUCUCUUUCAACAAAGAUAAAUCUUUCUGACAUGCAGACGGAAAUCAAGCUGAGGCCUCCUUAUCAAAUUUCCAUGUGCGAACUGGGGUCAGCCAAUGGAGUCACAUCAGCAUUUUCUGUUGACUGUAAAGGUGCUGGUAAGAUUUCUUCUGCUCGCCAGCGACUGGAACCAGCAACUCUGUCAGGGAUUGUAGGAUUUAUCCUUAGUCUUUUAUGUGGAGCUCUGAAUUUAAUUCGAGGCUUUCAUGCUAUAGAAAGUCUCCUGCAGAGUGAUGGUGAUGAUUUUAAUUACAUCAUUGCAUUUUUCCUUGGAACAGCAGCCUGCCUUUACCAGUGUUAUUUACUUGUCUACUACACCGGCUGGCGGAAUGUCAAAUCUUUUUUGACUUUUGGCUUAAUCUGUCUAUGCAACAUGUAUCUCUAUGAACUGCGCAACCUCUGGCAGCUUUUCUUUCAUGUAACUGUGGGAGCAUUUGUUACACUACAGAUCUGGCUAAGGCAAGCCCAGGGCAAGGCUCCCGAUUAUGAUGUCUGACACCAUCCUUCAAAUCUAUUGCCUUGGCUUCAGGGGGAUAAGGAGGGAACAUAUCAUAACUGCCACUGUGAUGAAGAAGCUGUUCCCCACAGAGGAGAAGCUCUGCUUUCUUUCUCUCCAACUUUCCUUUUUUAAAAUCAGCAUGGUGUGCCUGUGAGCAUGGAAGACCUGCUAGGAAAAGUCCUCUCAGAAGAGUGUUGGCCAUGAGAUUAUCAUUCAGAGGAGGAGGAGAUUUCUGUCUUCAAGGCCAUAACAGUGGAAGAACAGUCAUAUGCCAUUGGAAGUCUUGGCAAGCAGUCCUGAAUCCUUCCUGAAGAGUUCAGAAAAUAGAUGUGGUAUUGCUCUGAGCACCAGGCAGGAGGAACUCUACAACCUGAGUUUGCCUUUGUGAGGCAUUAGUAUAGACCAAAUAAAAAGCUGCAGAAAUUGGAAAGUUGAUGUUUUAAAUAAAUGACUGUGAUAAAUAUCGGAUUAUUUGCACAUUUAUGGUACUAAGAGUUUAUAAAGUCCAAGAUGGUGUGAAAUUGGUUCUUUUUACUUUUAUAUUUUUGCUUGAAUCUUAAACUCUGGAAAUCACCUGAUGUAGAAGAAGGCUGUGAUGAGCUCGUCUCUGGAACAUCACAAGUAUUGAAAAUACAAUAAUGGAUGUUUCCUUUCUAAUCCACGUUUGUUUUUCUUUUGAAAUCACGUCUAAAAAAUAUGACUCAGACUAUAGCUGUUGUUUCCCAAACUUCAGUCUCUUUAGUACUACUUGUAUUAUUAAUAUUUAUCUUUUACAUUUUAAAGUUUUUUUUAAAAAAAGAAUCCUGCUCCAAGUGGAAAACCAAUAUCAGUUUGCCAUAAGUAAAAGGUAACCACAAAAUAAAUAAGAUGAACACAAAAAAUGUUGUUCAGUUCUAGCUAGAAACUAAUGCCUAGAAAGGCUCCGAAUCUUAUGCUCUUUCUUUGUGGCAGUGAGGGAGAUGUUACCAGCACCAGCAUGAGGCACUGUCUCUGGAAUAGUCAGAGGAUAAAAGGAAACUGUAAAGGGAAUGACAUUCUCACUGUGAUUCAGCAUUAUUCUAUGUUGUGCACCACUUAAAGACAUGUUGUGUGCCACCAGUGGCAUGGGUCCUGCACUAUGGAAAUGCUUGACUGUACUAAGAAUCAGAAAGUGGCUUUCCUAGCAACUCAUUAUUUUAUGGCUUUGAGGAAUUAAGCCCCUAGUAUCUGAGAGAACUUACUUGCUUUUUGAUAACGUUUUAAAGAUUGUUUAAGCAGUUAUGAGUUAAUAAUAUAGGAAGCACAGUUUGAUUCCACUAGCAAAAUCUAUAACUCUCAUGGUUUUGGCAUCUUCAUGAGUGAUUUUCCUUUGUUUUUUAAAGAAAAUAUUUCAAACAGGGAAUUCAUAGGAUACUGAAAUCUGAUGUCAUCCAGAAAAACAGAUCCCAUUACAUUGUAAUUGUUGUUACUGGGCAUAUUUAUUAAGUAGAAGAAAUAGUCCAGAGGGUAAAAAGUUAGUGAACUGUCUUGUUUGUGUGAACCAGUAUUUGUGGGUAUGUCUAGAACUGUAAAAUGUUGCUUAACUAGAACCUUAGUCUGCACCCUCCUUUUAGGAGAAUGAGGUAAAAGGAAGACAAUAAGCUUAUGAUAUCAGGGAUUCAUGUAAAACAGGAAAGUGUAGUUGGCUCCAGUUUUCUCCUCUAACAAAAGUAUGCAUAUUCUGAGAGAUACCCCAAAGCAUCACAAGAUCCUGAAUCAUCAAAACACCAUUGAAUUGUGUUGAGCAUUUUGUAGCCAGGAAAAUGAAGUGGUUCAAUUUAGAAAGGGUUUCAGGCCAGGCAUGGUGACUCACGCCUGUAAUCCCAGCACUUUGGGAGGCCGAGACAGGCAGAUCACUUGAGACCAGUAGUUUGAGAACUAGCCUGGCCAACAUGGUGAAACCUCAUCUCUAUUAAAAAUACAAAAUUUAGCCGGGUGUGGUGGCGCGUGCCUUUAGUCCCAGCUACUCAGGAGGCUGAGGCAGGAGAAUCACUUGAACCCAGGAGGUGGAGGUUGCAGUGAGCCAAGAUCACACCACUGCACUCCAGCCUGGCCGACAGAGCAAGACUCUGUCUCAAAAAAGAAAAGUUUUCUAAACUAAUGGUUAAAACAGAGUUUUCUUGUAAAUAGGGAAGUUGGAGCAUUCUGGUUAAUUGAGAUUUUGCUCUGUAUUGACACAGCUCGCACCAGUUUGGUUCAGGAGCUGCCUCCUUGUCAUUGAAUUGACGAGUUACAAUGUUUGGUAUUCAGAUACAUUCAGCAACAACACUUGAAAACUCACCAACUAUUUUUAAGGGCUUACUUUGUUUUUGUUUUUAUUUUUUCACUGGCUAUUUUGGAUAAGAGGAUGUUUACAUCUUAAUGUAAAAAAAUGAAAACAGGUAUAAAUGUUUUAUGUAUAGAAA